AUGCCCAUCCCGUUCCGAGAACUUCACAACAAUAGUAAUGCUUCUGCAUCAUCAUAUGAAACAGCGUGGAGUACCAGUUUCAGCAAUAGAAGUAAUUCUAAGCCCACUAACAACGAUAGCAGAAGCAGUAUACCUGAAAUCAAAGAUGAACCAGACUUUGACCUCGAUGAAAGUAUCUCAAACUUGGAAAAUAACAUUUCAAUGAUGUCUGUAAGCUCUGCGAGAUCACCAGCGUUCCAAACACCAGCCAGAAACUCCGUUAGAGAUGCCCCAAUGACUCCAGGAGACCGAAUGUUGCAAAGUGUGAAAAAAGAACAAGAUAGAGCUCUUUUAAAAGAACUUUAUCCAGAAAUGUUUCAAGAUGAUUCACAGAAGCCGCCUGAAAAGCCGCGAGAAGUUAAAAAAGAAGUGAAAAUUGAACCCAAUUUUGAAGAUUAUGAUGCAAAUAAAGAAAACCGUCCACCAGGGGAAAAGCAAGACAGAGAAGUCAGGAAAACGAGAUCAAAGAGAAUUGUGGUUUCUUCAGACUCAGAAGACGAUGGAAAUUUCGAUAAUUACCUGCAAAACCUUCGUGGUAAACCGGCAGAACCUCCAAAAGCUGAAAGAAAACUUCCGAAAAGAACAAGCUUCGUUGUUGAAGAUGACUACAUCAGCGAAGAAGAUUCGGAAGAAUCAGAAAAUUCAGAAGAAGAUGAUGACUCGGAAGAAGAGGAGGAAAGAGCUUUAAGUCCAGAAGUAGUCAAACCGAAACCAAAAGAUAAGAGUAAGAAGAAAGUACCUUCAGAUGACGAGGAAUGGUUCCUUGUUUCAUUGGCAGAAAACUACUCGGGACCGAUUCACAGCGAUGCCAAAAUUUAUUCAAAAGAUGGAGCUUUACGACUCAAAAAGAAUCGUGAAGCUCUUUUGACAAAACUGGUAGAAAUUCUUGUUCGUCGUGUUUUCUCUGAGAUUCCAUCGGAUAUGCUGAAAGUGACAUGGAACGCACGUCUUCGAAAGUCAGCUGGCCAGUGUCGAAACCAUCGGCAUGGAAACAGUACUGUUGAAAUGUCUCCAGUAGUUUGUACAACUGCUGAAAGAGUUCGAGACACUCUUAUCCAUGAAAUGUGCCAUGCAGCUGUCUGGGUCGUCGAUCGACUGCACAAGGAAGGACAUGGACCCGGAUGGAAACGAUGGGGAGCUCGUUGUUCAUCUACAUUUAAAUCAUUGCCAUUCGUUGAGAGAUGUCACAGUUAUGAAAUAGAAGCCAAGUUCUUCUAUGUUUGCGAAACUGACGGAUGCCCAGUAGAAAUAAAACGUCAAUCAAAAUCUCUGGAUACUUCCCGUAAAGGAUGUGGAGCGUGUUUAGGUCGAUUCAUUCUGUACCGUUACUGUCGUCGAACAAAUACUAGAAUUCGAAUUGAAGAUCCGAAAGCUAAACCAUGUCCGAAACCAGUUCGUACUACUGUUCCAGCUCCGUCUCCUUCGCCUCCACCGAUUCGCAGUGUUAUCAGUAAAUAUCCUGCUGGAUUCGAUGAGUUUUCUGAAAAGAAUUACUGGGAUUACAGUUCCGAAGGGCUGACACAUUCUGAAGUGAUGGAAAAACUUUUAAAAGAGUUCAAUGAACUCACUAAAUCUUCGUAA